AUGGAAAUCGAUCGUCAAGCCACGGCACUGCGUGAACCAAAUGUAUGGAAUGUGCCACCUUGGUUCAAUAAACAACAGAAUAGAUUAGAAGACGAAGAAGAAAAUCAAGAACAAAUAUUUCAAUAUUCUUGGACUAUUCCACAUUAUCAAGUGUUACAUGAUCAAACUCCAUUAGGCGAAUAUAUUUUCAGCGAUGUAUUUUCAUGUGCAUCAGGAGAUGGAUUACACACUCACAUGUGGCGUUUAAGUCUAAAGCCACAAAGUACAAAUACUUAUUGGGGUCACGUUGGUGGUUAUCUCGAAGCAUUUCAAAGUGUCAGCGAAAAAGUGGCUAAUUUAAAAUCGCGCACUGUCGCAUAUCAAAUUAAAGCUUAUCGAUUGGAACGAGAUCCAACAUCAAAUGUUGCGGAGAAAUUGGUUGAAUUGGCAUCGUCAAAGAAAACACUGACCACUUUUGAUUUUGGAACUGACAGCUCGUCAUGGGGAUACCAUAAAUUUUGUGAGACGAGAAAUAUUUUCCCUAAUGGAGACAUCUCAACUAAUGUUAAUUUAGUGAUUCGCGUAUCAAUUUGGAAUAACAGUCACCACAACAACACUCACGAGAAGGAUCUUUCAUUCUUUGAACGACUAUUUAAUGAUAAAAGAUUCUCUGAUGUUCAAUUUACAUUUGAUGAUGGGUCAACAAUAUAUGCACAUCGAGUUAUAUUGGCCGCUAGAUCAACUUAUUUCGACAAGAUGUUUGACGGCGAAUGGUUGGAAACUCAAAAUAAAAAAAUACAAAUUAUCGGAGUGAGCUUCGACACAUUUCACGCUCUACUAUACUAUUUGUACACUAAACAAAUUCCCACCGAAUUUCCAAUUGACAAUCUCGCCGAACUUUAUUCAGAAGCCAGAAUGCGUGUAUUACCUAAACUUGCACACGCGGCUGCUGGAUUAUUAGUCGAACAUGCUGGCACAGAUAAUUGGGAUGUGGUGUUUAUGCUUGGUUUGAAACAUGACGAUUCUUUUCUGCGACAAGGAGGAUUAAAAUAUGCCAUAAAGAACUGGAAUCAAGUUGUAGAUGAUGAAAAAAUCAAGCAGAUUGCUGAAAUGGGUGGUAUGAAAGCAAUUGAACAAUUAUUUUCUGCUCGAUAUUUCGGUGUUUAG